GACUGAGGCAAAGGAGGGAGGAUAAAGCAGGAAUAGAGACAGAAAAGAGAACAGAGGCACAGAAAAACAGAUCAUUAUACAGCAAACGAGCAAGAGGCCGCUGAAUGAAUAACAAGGAAGGGAUUACAAAGCGCAGGACCAAAAAAAAAGGAGAGGACGCCGGCUGAAGACUCUCUCUCUACCCCCCCCUCCCCCUUCCUCCUAUCCUCCCUGUCACCCUCCCAACUCUCUCAGAGGCUCUCCCUCUCAGUGAAAGAUGGCAUGAGCACACUGUCACCCAGCUUGUGGAGCAUUUCUUUCCUUGUUUUCUCUCUUUUUAUCACCCCUCUGCAUCCUCUCUGUUUUCCUCUGAUCCCUCCACCUCUCUGCUCCACACGGGUUCAGUCCAGAGGGUGAAGAGGAGGGGAGGGAGGCAGACAGAGGCUGACCUCUCCCCUCCACCUCCCUCCUCGCACCCACAGGGCCCAGAAAGAGGGCUGGAGCAGGGAGCCGUCUGAUGACUUUACACCAACAACGAGCUCCUUAACCCGGCCGACCACAGCCCGAUUCCCCCUCCCCGCCUCCUGUGAGCCAGAUUCUUCUUCUUCUUCUCUGAGUCAGAGGAGGAUCCUGGAUCCAGGACCAUGUUUGGAUUAAAGACACCACACUUCUACCUCCCAGGUAUGAACCAUGAGUCCAAUAAAUCACCAUCAUUAGGAAUGAUCUCCACGGCAACUCGCACCACGGCUACUGUUAGUCCCCUCAGCCCACUAACCAAUGGGAACGCAGUUGCCCAGCCUGCAAACUCCGGAUUCGCUGCUGCCCUGCGUAAACUGGCCAAACAGGCCGAGGAUCCCAGAGGUUCUGCCCUCAGCGGUGAGUCGUCUCCAGUAUCUUCCCCGGCCACCAGCCACAGCUCGCCAGUCACCACCCCUAAGCGGGGCUCAUUAGGGCCCCUCCUGGGCCAAACCAGGGGCCACGGUGUCCCCAGCACCCCGCCGGUCGUCACCAUUGCCCCCACCAAGACCAGCAACGGCCUGUGGAGGGCCGACGGACGACAGGUUGAGCCGAGUGUUCAAGGACUCGGUAGGGAACGGGUGGGUGCUGAGAACACCCAGCAACAACAGGAUAAAAGGACUCCGCCCACCCCUUCGCCUCUCCCCCUGACUCACCCCUUUGGCCUCACCCCCAGCUCUGUCAUGCAGGACCCCAGAAUACAGAGCCUUAGUUUGCCCGGACAGAUGCACCUGGUUCCCUCGGGUGCUGUCCCGGAGGAGUACCUGAGAGCGCUCCGGCCCUUCGCCACCUCAGAUGACCUCCGACUGACUUCUCUACCCCUGAGUCUGGACCCUGCUGCUGCUGCCCACGCUGCAGCUGCUGCUGCUUACUAUCACCCUGCCUACCUGCACCACCCGCUGUCCUUACCAAGGAUGGAGGAGUCCCUGUGUCUUUCUGCGCUGCGGUCGCAGUUCUACUCUGUGCCUGCAGGGGGCGCCUUCCCACCUCUUCACCCCUCUGCCCUACACUUGCACCUGCCUGGAGGCCGCUACCCUGGAGAACUGAACCACACGGCAGCGCUGGCUGAGAGGCUACAGAUGGAGAAUGAGCUCCGCCAGCGAGAGAGAGAGCAAGAGCGCGAACGAGAGAAAGAAAGGGAGCGCGAGGCAGGGCUGGAACGAGAGCGGGAGAGGGAGAGAGAGAGGGAGGAGGAGCGGGAGAGAGAGCUGGACAGACAGAAGGAGAGGCAGAGGGAGAGACAGCAGCAGAUGGUCAGAGCGGCUGAGAGCCACUACCUGGCUGAGCUGCAGGCUCGGAGGGCACCACCGGAGGACAGGGCCAGGCCAGGGGAGAGGCUGACCCCAAACAGACUGGAUAAAACCAAGGACUCAGAGCACCCAAUUUUCCCAGCACCCAAACCUCUGUCCCUGCAGCCUGGCCUGCACUCCCCCAGGAGCUCUAUCCCACACCCUGUGCCCAGCCUGGUGCCUUCUCACCUGGGGAAGCAUCAUGCUGCUGCGGGGGGGAUGCAUGGAGCUCUGGCAGCUGCCAUGAUGACGCAGAGGGCCAGCGAGGUGGCGUGGUUAACACGGCAACGAGGGCAAGGGCAGGAGAGGGAGGGCCCGCUGGAGAUGGGCCUCAGGUCACCUGGGAAAGGGGUUGAGCUGAGGAGGGACAGUCACAGAACCAAUUCAGUCCAUCACAACCUGGGCAGUAAAGACGUGCCUCCCUGCCUCGGCGCUCCGCCUCCUCUUAUCUCCCCCAAAGGUCCCCAUCAUCCUCCUGCCCCUCCCACCACACUGUGGAACCCAGCAUCCCUCGUCGACACCCCUGUAGACUCCCGCAGAAAACUCAACCCUCCUACACCGCCAAGUCGGCCACCUCCGGGACUGACCCGAGCUGACAGACCCUCCCUGAGCUGGGGGGAGAAGCUGGAAGACGGAAGCAGGAGGAGGGGGGAAGGCACAGAGAGGUACACAUCGCUGAGGGGAGCUGGUUUACCAGAGACCGGCUCCUGGAACAAAGUGGAGCAAGACAGAGCCAUCCAGAGCCUCUAUCACCGCCAUCACAUCAGUAACCUCCACCAGAGAUCCUGUGUGCCUCCGAGUACUCCCGGUGCCUGCACGGACCUGGUGGGACGGUGUCAGGCAGCCUCUCCGUCUCCAGUGAGGGAGCGGCAGAGUCAGCCGCCUGACAGCAUGUUAGUGUAUGACGAAGUUCUCCAGCAGCACCGCCGACUGCUCAGCAAACUGGAUUUGGAGGAGAAGAGGAGGCGAGAGGCCAGAGAGGGAGGUUAUUACUACGACCUGGACGAGUCAUAUGAUGAGAGUGACGAGGAGGAGGUGAAAGCUCAUCUGAGGAGAGUGACGGAGCAGCCUCCGCUCAAACCGGACACAUCCUCUGAGAAAGUGGAUUUUCUGCGCGUGUGUGGUCUGACCACGCUCACCCAUCGCGAUGAGCUUCUGGCACGAAAGAGGAGGAAGAGGAGGAGGAUGAUGAGAGAGCGCAGCCUCUCUCCACCGGCCGUGCGGGGCAAGAGAAAGGCCUCUUCACCUGCAACACCUACAGCUCCCUUAACCACCCCGUACUCUGCCGAGCAGAUGGACAGCACCCCCGAACUGGAGGAGAAAAAAGACUUCCUCCUUAUGUUCAACCUGUCCCAUGUCAGCCCACAACAGAGGAGAGAUAAGGAGAGGACGGAGGAGCUGCUGAAGGCCAUUCAGAGGAAGACUGUGACAUUAGACACGCUCAGAUAUAAUCCUUUACCUCCGUGCAGCAGUCCUCCUGCUCCCUCAACUGGUGACUCAUCAUCAGCCCCUCUGCCGAGUCAAUCAAAUGGACACAUGUACCCCGACUCCCCCAGCCCCUCCCCUCCCUACUCACACAAACCUAAACAACUCCCCCAUAAUGACACAUUCAAACCCUCCACGGACACCCACGGGGCCCGCGUCCCUCAACCCUUGGCCCCCCAUCAUGAGAAAACUGAAUUUAUGGAGGCUCAGCAAAACAGGAAGCUUCAGGGCCUCCAGAAUGGCGUUGUUGCCUCUCCGCAGAAAAAGGAGUCCAAUCCUGUGCAGAACGGACGGAAUCGGCCCUGGGAGAGGUUCACACCUGAAGCCUUUGCUCAGCACUUCCACCAGGCCGUGCUGCAGUCAACACACAACACUCUGCAGAACAAAGGAGUCUCAAAUUGUGUCCCUGAGGCCGGCAUGAAGCCAGACUGUGUGUUGCCUCACAACGUCUCUCAGCUGAAAAGUUCAACUCUUAACCAUGCCCCUCAGCACACACACAUCAAUGGACAUCACUUCCAUUCCCUUGUAGCCAGCAGGGACACUGGAGGACAGCGAGAAAACAUGUCUGAUGAGGACGAAGGAGAGUCUGGUCCAGAGGAGGAAGACGAGGAGGAGGAGGCAGAAGAGGCUCCAAGGAAGUGGCACGGUAUUGAAGCCAUUUUUGAGGCCUAUCAGGAGUAUGUGGAUGAUUGGAGUAUAGAGAGGCAGGUUCUUCACAGUCAGUGUAAAAGACUUGAAGCACAGAACUACAAUCUGACCAGAACUGCAGAGCAGCUUUCUCUCACUAUGGGGGAGCUGGUGAGUCAGAGGCAGAAAGUGAGAGAGGAGAGAGAGAGACUGCAGGCCCAGCUGGAGCACUUCAGGAGGUGUUUGACGCUACCUAACAUUCACUGGGGAAGGGGGCAAGUCAACGGGCACACGCCGAGGUGACCUCCGACUCCAACUCCCCGACGGGUACGCCUCUGACAGCGAAGGUACAGUAACACGAACAAGACCGACUGGAGCCAGACCACUCUCUGAAGCACUUGAAGCACUUGAAGGAGCGGUUUCUUGUCUUGUUACUCUUCUGGCCAACCAGUUAUGUCACCUGACUGGUUCCAGAUUCAACUGAUUACCUGCCAUGUUCGCCACGGUGACCGUAAACCACGGAGACCAUAAAGUCGAGGCAUUCUGACUGUAUCAGCACUGUGUAGGUGAAACAGCAUCUUUGCCAGAGAAAUGCUAACCACUCCCACUAGUCCCCGAGUCAGCUUUAAGGACUCUCCACCAUUUAACUCACAUCAUCGAUCCACACUAAUGAUCAUCACUCGGCACAAACCUGUAGCCUCUGUGGACAGCCGUGAGAAAAGACUGCGCAUGCAGUGGUCACUUGGUUAAUACUCAGAGAAUGAACAUUGAGUCAAGGAAUCAAAGCACACCUCAGGCCUUAAACUUGAUAGGAUGCACUUGAAGCGAAAUUGGGGGAAAUACUUGACCGUCCUCUGUGUGGUUUAAUGUCGUCGUGUCUACUUAUCUGACAGAUGAAGCGGUUUGUGUGCGCAUAAAGCUUCUGCAGAGGAUAGGAAACUUCUAAAAAGAUAUUAUCUAUAUAAAGGCAAAUGGUAUCAAUGAAUUUUUUUGAGGUUUAAUAAAUUUUCCAUUGGUAAAUGUCACUUGUGAUAGAUGAAUUUUGUAUGUUUUAUUGUUUUAACCAUUUCUUGUGGGAAGCCAUAUGUUUAGUUUGAAUUGCUGCUGGUCAGAAUAAAAAAAAUGUUUAGGAAAUGAAGGAUGUCAGGACAGUUGUAUUUGACGAUAAUGUUACCUAAUGUCAAAAUGUUUGGGGGUUGACCAAGAUGCACUGUGGAUGGAAGACAAUUUGCAGUUUUUGUCUCACACAUUAUAAAGUUAACGAUUGCUCAGAUGGUUUUACUGCAGAGUCUGUGUCCCUUCAAAUGCAUAAAAAUGUUGAGAACACUUGAAAAGAAUAAAAGUUGUGAUAUUUUUAAAAGGCCUUUUGCAACAUUCGACACAGGUUCUUAAUAAUUGGCAUCACUUGAGUGAAACUGCAGUACUUUUAGUCAUACUGUCAAACCUUACAGUUGUUUUCACCCAUCUGAAGGUGAUACCUCGUGGCAUUAUUGUUAAAAAACUAAGCAAAAUGGCUUUCUUAAGGAGAUGAAAAAGCCAAAUUAUCAUUCAGCUCCAUUUCAGGACUGUCAAAACCUAUAAACGAUUUAUUUUCACUUGAUGCCCGUACAGUACUUGAAACAAUCUCUAAUUGUUUAUGGAUGACAUAAACAUCAGAAUGACACUAGUCCUCUGAGGAUAACAAUAAACUACAUCUUCUCUUUUGAUGAGAUUUAUUUUUGUUCAAGCCACAUAAAACAAACGUCCCGAAUUCGUCAUUUCUGCCCCCUUUCCCUCUGAAUAUUAAAAUCCCAGGAGCCCGUUCCUACAAGCACAAGCUAAAUAGCAAUCUCCCAAAAUCACCUGACCCUCCUGCUUCACCUGUUCAGUCUCCUCUACAAACUCGCUGUGAUAUCCUGCAUAUUUGUUUCAAUCAGUUGUCAUGUAAUGUAUUAUUUGGGCUGUAUAAUUGUGAUGAAUUAUUUAUUAACAUAUAAUGCUGUACAUUCUGAUUGAAAUUUACAUUAAAAUAUUUGUAAAAUGUC